GAAAAAAGAGACUUAUAAAAAAAAAAAAAAUGAGGACGACACCAAAAGUAGAAAUCUGGAAGUCACCAGUACCAUAUCUCUUUGGUGGUUUGUUUUUUCUUGUUUUGCUUAUAGCUUUGGCAUUACUCUCAUUGGUCUGCACACACCAAAAGGCUCCUUCUUCUUCGUCUAGCAAUAACAAUCAUAUCGACGAAGAUGAUGACGUCGGUGACAAGGAAGCUAAGACUAUUACAGAAGAGUACUUACCUAAGAUUGUCGUUAUUUUGGCCGGAGACGAUAUUCCUACUUGCUUGGCCGUUCCAGUAGUGAUUCCUCCACCGUCUUCCAUUUGUCGUUGUAACUGUGACAAUGUUACUGUUGUCUGAGCCUAACCACUGACAUCUUCUUCUUUGUUUGCCAACAAAAAGAAUAAGAGAUUUCAACUUUGAGUAAUCAUCGGCAAUUUUGUAACAGUCGACAAUUUUUGUGGGGAUGUUAAUUAGUUUAGAUUUCAAGUUUUGUUUUAUUGUUUUAAUGCUUUCCUGCAUGCUCUAGUGCUUUUGUAUGUUGAGUUUAUUUUUGGAAUUAUAUCUAUCAAAUAGAUUGACAAAAAAAAAAUUAUAUCUAUCAAAUAUAUUCUCUU